AAAGUGAAUUCCUUUCACAUCUUCAAAGAAUAUCUGAAACAAUUCCUGACUAAUGAUAUUGCAUCGUCAAACAUGUUUACCAUUAAAUAGCUUAUAGUAGUGCAAUUCUCUGCAUUUCAAGAAGCUGCAACAGAAGGGACUAGACUUUCAAAAGGACUUGAUGGGGUGGUGGUUGUUCAUAAAAUCCUGCAGCACUUCCCUUCUUUGAGCUACUGAAUCAUUAGGACUAAGGAAGCUUCCAGUUCGUCAGCUGUUGUAAAUGCAGCUCCACUGACAAUGAUGGGCUGAUGCUGUUUCUCGAGGACCUAGCUGCCUGACGCUAGCCUUCAUCAGAGCCAAAAAGCGUGUUAUUUGGGAUACUGCACGUAUGUGAUUGAAACAGCCAUAGAACACUAGUCUUUCUCCGGUUUCUGUGUGCUUAUUGAUACUGCUGUAUGGAAAGGACAAUUAGAGGGGCGGGGAGAUCUGGAUUCUCCUGCUGUAAACCUCUGGGUGACUUUGGAUGCAGUACUAUACUGCCUGCUGCAUUGGUUUCCCCAUCUGAUGGAGGCAGUCUUUCAGGGAAGGCAAGAAAUCUUUCAAGUCCUUUGGAAAUGCUUCAGGAAAUGAUAGCACAGUACAAAGAAGUCCUGGUUGGAAAAACAGAGCUGAAGGCUGGAACGAGUGACAGUAGGAGGGAGUCUGGAGCUGAAAAGCCGCAUGGCCAAGUGCCCUAGGAACUUCAGCUUUAGAGCAGCAAAAGGUGAGUGCUUCUUCCUGUAUCAGAGCGGUUUGAACAAUCCAGAUUAAACCUUUUUUUCCUUCAAAUGGCCCAUUUGGGAGCAUGUGGAUCUGUACCCUCUUUGUCAUCACCUCGUUCCCCUAUGGGCCCAAAUGCUUGAUCAGUGCAAGUACUCCUGCCCAAGAGAGUGUGCCUCAGCAGAGGAGCCAGAAGACAUUUCUACCUGCCCCAUAACCUCCCUCCCUUUGCUUUCCUGCCUGGAAAGGUAACACGGGACUGUGUGGCACAAGCAGAACAGGCACUGCUGCGUGAACCAUUAGGAAUGUGUAAUUGCUCCUCAGUAAGUUGCCAGACUGCCUUAAAAAGGACUAGUACGCAGGAUGCUUAGGGUUUGGGUUUGGUCAGUUCCGGCGGUUGUGGAACUCCCUUCAUCAACCAAAGGUGGGGAAAAAGGCAAAUUAUUGAAAGCUGGUUCAGUCUGGGAAUUAUUUAAGCCUUAAAAUAGCUUUUCAGAAUGCGUAUGCUUCCCCCCAUCCCUAAUUACUUUGAAGCUUGGCUGCUCCUGCUGCACUGCAAUAGCAGAAACCCGGGCUCUGUCCCUAAACCCUCAGCCUGGGCAGCCGCAGGCCGGAGUUAGGGACUGCGUAAGCGCGGCUCCGUGCCGAGCCCGCGCAGGGGCUGGAGGCUGGCCGGUACAGACGCUCACGCACGUUUUCAAGAUACGGUUUAUUGCUGUGGCAAUGACAGAAAACAGCACCCGGGAUCAGCAAUGCCCAAAUAAAAGCCCUUUUUUUUUUUUUAAAAAAAAAAAAAAGUAAAUUUAAAGAGUAAGGUUUUCACAAGUGCAAGCUUCUUUGCAGACAGUUGGCUUCUCCUGAAACCAACAGCCGUUCCCCCGAGCCUCGGCCGGCGGCCCUCUGAUGUUAACGACCGAGCGGCAAUGCCCCAUUGAGCCUUUAAAGGGGCCUUAAUGGCCCGGGCGAGGCGCGGCCGCCCACCCCCGGGGGAAGCGGCCAUCAGGGCUGAGCACCCUGCCCAGCGCUCCGCGCACUCACUUCGCCGCUCUCAGCCUUGGCGGGCCGGGGCCGGCGUAAGGGCCGCUGCUUCCUCACCCCGGUGCGGUCACAGCCGCCAAAGGGCGCGGGGCAGCCGAGGCCGCCUUCCCGAGCCAGCGCCGCCGGUCAUGGCGGCCCGCCGGCUGUGGCUGUGGCUGUGCCUGGCCUGGCUGCUGAGCCUGCCGGCGGCGGGCGGCCUGCCCCUGGUCCCCAGUCCGCGGGACGAGGUCCUGGCGGCCGCCUUGCAGCGGCUGCGGGAGGUCUUCGACAUCGAGGAGCUGCCGCCCGACGUCCUACCCCGCAAGAAGCCGCCGCAGUUCAUGGUGGAUCUCUUCAACAAGGUGGCCGACGCCAACGGCAUCACCCGCGCCCCGGGGCUGCUGCAGGGCGACGUGGUGCGCAGCUUCGAGGACCGAGUUCCCGUGGACCAGUACCACUUCUACUUCGAUAUCAGCGCGAUGGAGAAGGGCGAGCAGAUGCUGAAAGCCGAGUUCAGGGUCUUCAAGCUGAAGAGGACGCGUGUGUCUACAAGGUCUGAUGUGAAACACUUUUGCAAAGUGGAAGUGUAUGAGCUCUUGGAGAGUGGAAGUAAGGCACGAAAAAAACAUCUCAUAACAUCAAGAUUAUUGUCCAUGUAUACAGAAGGCUGGGAAGUAUUCAACGUCACGCAGACAGUUUCCAAGUGGGUUGGAAACAGCAGCUCCAACCAUGGCUUUUUGAUAACUACAACACAUGUAUUCAGCAACAGAAUUGAGCACAACCUGGUUAAGUUUGCUAAGAGCCAGGGCACUUUGCAGGAGAGUAGAAAUGCUCUCCUUGUCCUCUUCACCAACAGUAACAAACGAAGGUCUGCCAGCUUUGUACCAUCUUCCACAAAACCAGAGAUGAACUCUGCCAAAAAUGAUGCUUCACGCGCACUUCGUGAAACUGGGAUCAUCGAAAGCAGCAAUGCAAGCGUGAGCAGGAGACCUCGAGCUGCUGCAGUCCCUUCUGCCAAAAGCCAAGUAACAGUGUGUCAUCGAAGGGAACUCUACGUUGAUUUCCGUGCUAUUGGCUGGUCAGGAUGGAUUAUUUACCCGAGUGGAUACAAUGCAUUUUAUUGCAGAGGAUCCUGUAUGUUCCCCUUGGGGGAAAGUCUAAAUGCAACAAACCAUGCUACAGUUCAGUCCAUAGUCCACACGCUUAAACUGUCUCAAGAUGUCAGCACGCCCUGCUGUGUGCCAGAUGAAUUGAAAUCCCUCAAUCUUCUCUACUUUGACGACAAGGAGAAUGUGGUCCUUAAAAAUUAUAAAGACAUGGUGGCAACAAGGUGUGGUUGUCAUUAGCAGGACCUUUUUUUGUCUGCGUUUGGUGUGCACCUGGAUUCAGUCCCUAUUUGCCACUGAAGAUACCAAGGGAGAUGGCAUUUCAGUUUGCAGGGCAGGAGAGACAGAAACAGCUGUGCUUCAAAUCCUUCUCCCUUCACCAUGGCUGUGUGGAAAGGUGUUUAAGGCUGGCUUUCGAACAGCUGUGGGCUUCUGGAGGGUAUGCUAACCUGCACGGAGAGCUCUUUGAUUGCCAGUAUACCAGAGGAAACCAUUAAAACCAGGAACUUGCUAUGUGAAGAGAUUGAAACACAAAAAGUUGAGCAAUCAAAUUAAGGUCUUAUCGUGUAUAUUGAGGCUUAGAAUUUCCUGUGAUUUUACAGGCAUGGUAUCCUGCCUCAAUCCAGGGUGGGAUGCAGGUCUAUUAGUAGCACAACCUUAUUCAGCUUUGACUGCAUGAUCCAGUGGGGAUGUACACUCCUUCAUAGGGCUUUCAGGGUAAGUGUUUGCAUGUAGCUAAUCUUGGAGGCCUCUACUGUCUGUAGCUCGUGCAUUACCUGGAAAUGCACUUCUUCCCCCUGUUGUUUAUGCAGCUCUACCAAAUGCAAAGAUCUCCUUGUAAGUCCCCCUGGGACUUGCUAGCCAGUCCGAGGGAAUACAUCGGUCAGUAUUUGUCUGGGAAUCAGCAGACUUAGCUUCCAACUCAGGGCUGCACCUCUGUAUGAUGAAGCGUCAGCCAGUCCCCCUCUUUGUAAAAUCAUUCUCUUCCACCGUGGUCUGCUGUGGCUGUUAAGCUGUGUGGCAGCAGAGGUUGUGUAUUUACAGAGGCUGUACAAUGGGAUCCUAAGCUUGGGUCAGAAUCCCCAUAGUUUAGCAGGAAGAAAGAAGACCGCUAAGCUUUGGAGGUCCAUGAGAACAUGCUGGAUGCUGGUCUAGUCCUGUGUCUGAGGCAAGACUGAUGGAAAGUACUCACUGAUUCCCUUCUAUUCUUGAAGAAUAGGGCAUAGACUGAAAAGGGGCCCCCUAAGGUCUUUCAGUCUUGCUACAAUUUAAUGUAGGUAACCAGCCCAUUGCAGUUCCUCAAUCAACUCAUUGAGUUGUAACUUUAGCCUGGUUAGGUUUCUUGUCUCCAUUAAUCCUUGAAGGAGGCUGGCUUCUCACAGAACAUGACAUCUCCCGUGGGUAGAAACUUCAUGGAGGAUUUUUUUACUCCAAUGAGAUUAAAAAAAAAAAAAAAAGAAAAAUUAUUUAUGUAAACGUUUUUCUUUCUGUAAAUACUGAUGUCUGUAAUAAAUUUAUUGUAUUUAAAACCCAGACACUUGGAGUAUAUUAACUUAAUCUGUAAUAUAAAAUGUUAAUUUUCAAAUAAAUGUAA